UUUCCAUGCCUGCCUGUGAUCCCUCUGGACACGCUGCUCUUCCACAAGUGCUGCUCCAGAGCUCUCCACAGGAUUGGAACGGCACGUUCUCUACGGUAUUGGAAAUAUUUAAUGGUAUCGACCCCACACCAACGCUUCUGCCAUCUCAAAAAUGCGCCAAAGCACAAGGUGUCAGGACGUGGAGCUGUGGUUCUGAAGAGAACAGUCGCGUAUUCCACAGGCCCCGAGGAGGCCGAACUUCCCGGCGGUUCCUGCAGGUGGAAGAAAACCUUGGGAGCAGGCUGUGGUGAGGAGGAAGAGAACAGCAGCAACCAGAGCAGUGGUGGGCAGGAAGGAGCUCAGCACCACGAGGGCAUGGAGACUGCUGCAGGGAAAACCAGGAUAUCUCCGUACUACGUACAGCACCAGAGGUCAUGCUGUACCCCCAGAUGCUGCGUGGGCACUGCACCCACAGAGUGUCCAACUCCCACUGGAGCACCUCUGAAACGCAAGGUGGUCACUUCCCAAUGAGCAGUGGGCACAAGGGCAUCCACCUCCCUCCCCGAGCUGGCCAUCUGGGACAGACCCUGCCCUGGGACGACGCCCUCAUGGAGAGCCCCUCAUCAAGGCAGGGGUGAGGACAGACCCAGAGCCUUCAAGGAAACUCUUGGAUACGAUCACCAGGUGUUCUCUGUCCAUCCAGCUUUUGGGUUUCAUGCUGAAGCUGCAGCAUCAGCCACCUCCGAGUUCAAGGUCCUGCUAGCGAGUCAUGAUGGUUGAAUCUGCCUCGGAGACGAUACGUUCCACUCCCUCUGCCCAGAACGGGGUGAGCAGCCUGAGCCAGCAGCCCGAUGGCGGCGGGGGCGGCGCGGGGGGCGGCGGGCGCGACGGAGCCGCCGGCGAGGCCAACGGAGAGAUGAGCCCCGUGGAGCUCCUGCACUUCCAGCAGCAGCAGGCUCUCCAGGUGGCACGCCAGUUCCUGCUGCAGCAGGCCACGGGGCUGAGCUCCCCCAGCAGCAACGAGGGCAAGCAGCCAGCAGUGCAGGUGCCCGUGUCCGUGGCCAUGAUGUCCCCACAGAUGAUCACGCCGCAGCAGAUGCAGCAGAUCCUCUCUCCGCCCCAGCUCCAGGCCCUCCUGCAGCAGCAGCAGGCGAUAAUGCUGCAACAGCUGCAGGAAUACUACAAGAAGCAACAGGAGCAGCUUCACCUGCAGCUAUUGACACAGCAGCAAGCUGGAAAGCAGCAACCCAAAGAGCCGUUGGGGAACAAGCAGCUGGCCUUCCAGCAGCAGCUCCUGCAGAUGCAGCAGCUCCAGCAGCAGCACCUGUUAAACCUGCAGCGCCAGGGCCUGGUGAGCCUCCCUCCAGGGCAGGGCACGGUGCCCCUGCAGACCCUGCCCCAAGCCGUGUGCCCCUCGGACCUCCAGCAGCUCUGGAAGGAGGUCACGGCUGCCCAGCCCGUCGAGGACAGCAUUAAGCAAGAAGGUCUUGACCUCACCACCAACACCUCCAACUCUACCUCGUUUUCGGCCGCCAAGGUCUCGCCUCCCAUUUCCCAUCACCCUCUGCCCAAUGGACAGAGCACCAUGCACACGCCCAGAAGGGACAGCUCUUCCCACGAAGAGACCCCCGGCUCCCACCCGCUCUACGGCCACGGAGAGUGCAAGUGGCCUGGCUGCGAAACCCUCUGUGAGGACUUGGGACAGUUUGUCAAACACCUCAACACAGAACAUGCACUUGAUGACCGAAGCACGGCCCAGUGUCGAGUCCAGAUGCAAGUGGUACAGCAGCUGGAGAUACAGCUGGCCAAGGAGAGCGAGCGUCUCCAAGCAAUGAUGGCCCAUCUUCACAUGAGACCUUCAGAGCCAAAGCCUUUCAGCCAGCCUGUAAGCCUGAACCUGGUCUCCAGUGCCACCCUCUCCAAGAGCACUUCCGACACGUUUCCCGACGGUUUACCUCAUCCCCCCACCUCAGCCACGGCGCCCAUCACCCCCCUGCGGCAGGGCCCCUCCGUCAUCAGCUCUUCCACUUUACACAACGUGGGGCCCAUCCGCAGGAGGAACUCGGAGAAGUUCUGCACCCCAAUAUCUUCAGAACUUGCACAGAAUCACGAGUUCUACAAGAACGCCGACGUCCGGCCGCCCUUCACGUACGCCUCGCUCAUCCGGCAGGCCAUCCUGGAGACCCCCGACAGGCAGCUAACGUUGAAUGAAAUCUAUAACUGGUUCACGCGGAUGUUUGCCUACUUCCGGAGGAACACGGCCACCUGGAAGAACGCCGUCCGCCACAACCUGAGCCUGCACAAGUGCUUCGUGCGCGUGGAGAACGUCAAGGGAGCCGUGUGGACCGUGGACGAGCACGAGUACCAAAAGCGAAGGCCACCAAAGAUGACAGGGAGUCCGACCUUAGUCAAAAAUAUGAUUUCAGGACUCGGUUACGGAGCACUUAAUGCAAGUUACCAGGCUGCGCUGGCAGAGAGCAGCUUCCCGCUGCUCAACAGCCCCACCAUGAUCAACACCAGCUCGGCCAGUGCCAUGCUGCACGUGGGCCACGACGAUGUCAGCAGCACCGUGGAGCAGGUCAACAGCAACGGCAGCAACAGCCCGCGCCUGUCCCCGCAGCAGUACAGCCACCCAGUGCACGUGAAGGAGGAACCAGCCGAGGCGGAGGACGACAGCAGACCUGUGUCGCUGAUGGCCACCACCAACCAGAAUGUGACGAUUCCCGACGACAGGGACCUGGAGGAGGAGCUGCCAGUGGAAGACUUGUCCUAAGGACUCCU